AUGCCGCCUGCCAUUCCAACAAUUACCAUUGGUUCCGGUCUAGGCGCCGCCGCCAUCCUGUACACUGCUGAACAACCCAGCAGGUUACUCGGCAUAGUGGCCUUUGCAGUACUUUGGGCUGUGCAGUUUUUUACAUGGGGUUUCUGGUACACGUUCAUAUAUCCCUUCUUUAUAUCGCCUCUGCGCAAGCUGCCAACUCCCACAGGCUGGCGUCCGAUCACUGGACACACUGUCGAAGUUAUUGGCAAAGGCGUCGGUGUCACUGCCCGAGAAUGGAUUGACAACACCGCAAACGAUGGGUUCAUUCGCAUGCUUGGCCCAUUCCAUCGCGAGUACCUCAUCGUGACAUCGGCGCAGGCGCUUGGCGAAAUCCUCGUCUCCAAAGCGUAUGACUUUCAGAAACCGCAAUUCAUCCGCGACUUUUUUGGCCCCUUUCUGGGCCAUGGUCUUGUGCUCGCCGAGGGCCACGAGCACAAGGUCCAGCGUCGAAACCUCAUGCCGGCCUUUGCCUUUCGGCACAUCAAAGAUCUGUACCCGCUGUUUUGGCGCAAGGCCUGCGAUGUCGUGCAGGUCAUGACCGAGGAGUGCAACUCGGACGGCUACGCGGACUUUGAAGUCGAUCACUGGGCCGGCCGUGUCUCGCUGGAUAUCAUCGGUGCCGCGGGCAUGGGUCGCGACUUUGACGCCACGCACAACGAAAACGACGAGAUUGUCAAGACGUACAUGGUCAUCGCCACGCCAACCAUGCAGGACCGCAUCCUGUUGACGUUGACUGAAUACUUUACUGCUUUUGUCCCCAUGUGGAUCCUUCUUCAUUCUCCGAUGCCUCGCAUCGUCGAAGCGAAACGAGCGGCCACAAAGAUUCGCAACGUCUGCAAGGACCUCAUCCGGGCCAAGCAGAAGAAGCUCGCCGACAACAAGCUGGAGGAUGUCGACAUCCUAUCCAUUGCGCUCCGCUCCGGCAUCUUUGGCGAGGAGGAGCUCAUCAACCACCUCAUGACGUUUCUGGGUGCCGGCCACGAGACCACGGCCUCGGCGCUGAGCUUUGCCAUCUACGCCAUGUGCCGGCACCCGGACGUGCAGACGCGGCUGCGCCAGGAGAUUCGCGCCAACCUCCCUCCCCUGGGCGACGGGCGCGAAAUCACCAGCAGCGAGAUUGACCGUCUGCCGUACCUGGGCGCCGUGUGCAACGAGGUGCUGCGCGUGUACAGCCCCGUGCCGCAGACGAUCCGCGAGGCGGUGCGCGACACGUCGAUCCAGGGCCAGGCGCUGCCCAAGGGCACGCGGCUGUUCCUCGCGGCCUGGGGCACCAACCUGGACACGAGCCUCUGGGGCCCCGACGGCGGGCUGUUCAAGCCGGAGCGGUGGCUGGUGUCGUGCGCGGCGGACGGGCUCGGGGGCACGGCGGCAAGCGCCAAGGAGGCGGCGGUCGGCGGCGCGUCGAGCAACUAUGCGUUCCUGUCGUUCCUGCACGGCCCGCGCAGCUGCAUCGGGCAGAGCUUCGCCAAGGCCGAGUUUGCGUGCCUGCUGGCGGCGUGGGUCGGCCGGUUCGAGUUUGCGCUCCGCGACGAGGCCAUGAUGGACGAGGCCAACGUGACGUUUGAGCAGAUGAUCACGGUCAAGGCGGCAGGCGGGAUGCACGUCCGCGCGAGGGUCGUUCCCGGGUACUAA